UUGUCCCUCACCGGUUUACAGAUUUUCAGCACAGUUGCGCAACGCAGCGUCUACAAUUUCUUUACAUUACAAAUGUCUGCGACCAGAUACCGUCGAUUUCUAAAGUUAUGCGAGGAAUGGCCGAGGGACGAAUCCAAGAAAGGUCGAGAUUUAGGAACGUUUUUACGUCAAAGAGUGGCUGGUGCUUUCCGGGAAGGCGAAAACACACAGGUUUCAGACCCUGAGAAAUGUGAUCAGAUGUAUGAAAGUUUGGCCCGCAUCAACAGUAAUGUGUACAAAGACAAGUUUCCUCGAGCAAAAGAUACAAGUUUUACAGGUGUAACAGUGGAAGAGUGUAGAAUGCUAUUAGCAACAGGGAACAUGCAACAAAUGGAUGAGGAGAAGAAGGGGUUGUGGAAGACAUUAAUGGAGCGAUUCUCCUCCAAACCUGAAGAUGGCCCCCCUGAAAAAUAAUCAUCAUACUGUACAGACCUUAUUUAUUCCCCUUUGCACAUUUUCAAAUAAAACGAUUUAGAUGUUUAUGUAAAUCUUCACUUCUAACAGCUACAUUAGAUCUCAUCAAUGGCUCAUAAUGGUUUGACACAGAAAUGUUUUGAAAAAGUAAAACUGGUGUUUGGAAAUAAGACCACUCAGAAGACACCAUAUAAUAUCCACCAUCCAGGAAUGUUUCUUUCCAAAGUGCCAGAGCAGCAAUUUAUUUUUCCCACAAAAUAUUCUAAUAGCUACUUAGUUAUGAUCCUACAAGACAGUUUCCACAAUUGUGUACUUAAAUUAUAAUUUUUGCUCACAAGUAUGUUUUUCAUGCCCUGCAUUUUAUAAUAAUUGAGAAUAUAUUUUUAUCUAAGAGUGAAUCUGCUGUUUUGCGUGGUAAAAGACUCAAAAAUCUCUAAAAAAUUCA